AGUGUCAGUGAUGGAGGGAGAUUCUGUUACUCUAUACACUGAUAUUACUGAACUACAGAGAGAUGAUCAGAUACAGUGGUGGUUUAAUAUUCGCAUAGCUACAAUUAAUAGAGCAGCUAAUGAGACAUCAAUAAAUGAUGAUGUUCUUGAUGGGAGAUUCAGGGGCAGACUGCAGUUAAAUAAUCAGACUGGAGAUCUCACCAUCACAAACAUCACAACUCAACACACUGGACUUUAUGAACUGACCAUCAUCAUCAUGAGGAAUGGUACAGUGACCUCAAACAAAUUCAAUGUUACUGCAUAUGCUCGUCUGCCCAUUCCUGUCAUCUUCAGUAGAGUCUCUUCAUCAUCAUCAUCAUCAUCAAGCUUAAAAUGUGUGUUGUUGUGUUCGGUGUUGAAUAUGACAGAUGUGAGAGAUGUGAGUCUGUCCUGGUACAAAGGAAACAGUUUAUUGUCCAGCAUCAGUGUGUCUGAUCUCAACAUCAGACUCUCUCUACCUCUGGAGGUUGAAUAUCAGGAUACAAACACAUACAGCUGUGUGGUGAACAAUCCCAUCACAAACCAAACUCAACAUCUCAACAUCACUGAUGUCUGUCAGCCGUGUUCAGGUGAGUCACAGGUGAUCUGUUGUGAUACUACUGAAGCUGUGAUUCGAUUGGUCGUUUCUGCUCUGGUGGGCGUGGCUGCUGUUGCUGCAUCUGUUGUUUUGAUUUAUGACAUCAGAUCCAGAAGAGAAGAACAGAAGAGAAGUUCAUAG